AUGAGUGCCGCCGGUCAAGAACAACCCAGAGUGAUGGAAGCGACACCUGAAGAAAGGUCAACUUCCUUACAGGAGUCAACUGUUGACGCUGGAAACGAAGAUAUAAAACAGCAUCAAAUUAUGGAACCUCAAGAAAAUAUAGAGGAUGCCUCUAAUGUUACAAAAGGUUCAGAUAACGGAGGGAAGGACGACGAAGGUGUUAUAGAUGAAAAUAGCGGUGUAGAGGCUGCAGAAAGGAAACGUAAGCAUAUAAGCACAGAUUUGUCAGAUGACGACCUAGAAAAGGAAGCACAUAAUGAGCAGAGUCCUCAGCCCAUGGUAGAAAAUAGGAUUAGUAAAGGCAGAGAUUCAAGCGCCACUCCCAGUAGUAGACAGGAGUUGGAAGAAAAACUGGACCGUAUAUUGAAGAAACCGAAAGUUAGAAGAACGAGGAGAGAUGAGGACGAUUUGGAACAGUACUUGGAUGAAAAAAUUCUAAGGCUCAAAGAUGAAAUGAAUAUUGCAGCACAAUUGGACAUCGAUACCUUAAAUAAGAGAAUAGAAACUGGAGAUACUUCACUGAUUGCCAUGCAAAAGGUCAAAUUGUUGCCGAAAGUGGUAAGCGUACUGUCAAAGGCGAAUUUGGCUGACACCAUUUUAGAUAAUAACUUACUCCAGAGUGUCAGAAUAUGGUUAGAGCCCUUACCUGAUGGGUCUUUGCCAUCUUUUGAAAUUCAAAAAUCGCUCUUCGCAGCUUUGAAUGAUCUACCAGUGAAAACCGAACAUCUAAAGGAAAGUGGUUUAGGAAGAGUGGUUAUUUUUUAUACAAAGUCCAAACGUGUCGAAGCUCAACUAGCUAGGUUGGCUGAAAAAUUAAUUGCGGAAUGGACAAGACCUAUUAUCGGUGCUUCCGAUAACUACAGAGACAAGAGAAUAAUGCAACUGGAGUUUGAUUCUGAAAAACUGAGGAAGAAAUCCGUUAUGGAUUCUGCCAAAAAUAGGAAAAAGAAAUCCAAGUCAGGAGAAGAUCCUACCUCUCGCGGUUCUUCGGUACAAACCUUGUACGAACAAGCUGCCGCAAGGAGAAACAGAGCUGCUGCACCAGCACAAACCACUACUGAUUACAAGUAUGCCCCUGUGAGUAAUCUUAGCGCAGUACCUACAAACGCAAGAGCCGUUGGUGUUGGUUCCACUUUGAACAACAGUGAGAUGUACAAGAGAUUAACCUCAAGGUUAAGUAAGAAGCAUAAAUAA